CAGGAUAUAAUCUAUUUUUUAUAACCAAAAAUACUAAAUAAAAUAAUAAAUAAAAAUAUUGAAUAAAAAUAAAAAAAGCAAAGUCAGCUGCGCAAUAAUACUGAUUAAUUCAAUCGCUUAUUAAAUGUUUACUCGUGCAAUAAAAAUUCCAAAACCAUAAUCAGUACUCGAUGAAUAAAUAAAACCCCUCAAAAAUAAAAAUAAUUGUAAUAAUUCUAAACACACCAACGAAUAUUUAAUACCCACCUGAAGCCUCAAAUACUGACAACAAUCACCUCCCCCCCCCGAUCAAGUGGAUGCCCAACCGGUUGUCCUUGAACGUAUCAGAACGUAAUUUGAAGCACGAAAAACAUAACCUGCUAAUCUGCGUCAAAGGCAGUUGGUGUGUUUACUGGUGUUUACACUGUCGUCGGUAAGAGGCGGUUUAACAUGUGUUUCACCCCGCGCAUUGAUAAUACACACAGUUAGUAGAAUUUUUUAAAUUACUUCGGAGCAAUGUUCACCAGCUGACUCAGUCGAUGUAAAAUGUGCGAGGAGGACUGUCUGAUGGGGGAAAUGAAAGAGAGAGUUGUCAUUGGGUAUUGGUUGUCGGAGAAGAAGAGAUCGAAAUUCAAUUGGAAUGAUUGGCAGAACGUCUGUGCCAAGGAGGGAUUCGUCCUCAAACUGGUGGAUCUCAGUUCCAGUCUUGACUCUCAGGGACCAUUCGAUGUUUUUCUUCAUAAGUUGACUGACACGCUGGCGCAUGCUGAGGCUGGUGAUCCACAGGCGAUAGCCAUUGUUAGCAGAGUAGAGAGUUACAUUCGCAGAAAUCCUCAGAUGAUUGUAGUGGAUCCACUGGAGAAUGUCAAGAAGCUGCGAGACCGUCAGAACUCUUAUGAAAUACUCAGAGCAGGAAUUCAGUUCAAUGAUGUUUUUACACCUGAUUCCAUCGAAUUAAAAUCGAGAAAUUUGUCAGAGAACCUCAGUCAACUCCAUCGGCACAACAUCAAGUUUCCAUUUAUUUGUAAGCCACUGUGGGCCCAAGGCUGCAGCAAUGCCCAUGAGAUGAUGGUGAUAUUCAACGAGGCAGAUGUGAAGGACUGUCAGCCCCCCUGCGUAGCCCAGAAUUUCGUAAACCACAAUGCAAUUUUGUACAAAGUGUUCAUAGUCGGGAAUCACUUCCACGUAGUUGAGCGUCCCAGUCUCAAGAACUUCUACCCGAAGGACUGCGAGUCCUCAGGGACACUAUUCUUCAGCUCCCACGACAUCUCCAAGAGUGGAUCCACCUCCGAGUGGUCAGUAAUAUCGAAGGAGGACGAGGCACUGGCAGUCAAGCCCAACUACGAUAUUUUCGAGAAGAUCGUCAGCAAAACCACGAAACUAUUUGGACUCGUUCUUGUUGGAGUCGACGUUGUGAUUGAAAAUCACACUGGGAGAUACGCCAUAAUCGACGUGAAUGCCUUUCCAGGGUACGACGGUUACCCCCACUUUUUGAUACAUUUUGUCGAGACCAUUAAACUCAUGAUAUCAGAGCAAAAGUCUAGAUUGAAUUACCAUCGAACGUCAAUCCUCAAGAAAUGCAUGAGCACUGAUUUAGACUCUGGUUUCGAGAGUGACGAGAAGAAAAAACAGUCCAUGAAAUGAACGGCAUUUCCCUUUUUAUACUUUGUAAGAUAAACUAAAUUGUUACAUUGUAAAUUUAUCAUGGAUAUAGCUAGUCAAGAGGAUAAUCUUGUCCAACGAAUUCAUUCCAAGUGGAUUACUGCAGCGACUGCCAGGAACUAAGCGAUUUUUGCUCUUGAAAAGUUUUGUUAUUUUGAUGGAAAACCGUCUGAAGAAGUCACCUACGACAAUUGCAUGAGAAGAAUGGGAGUUUCUAUGUACAAAUGAAUUGUUUUAUUGUCAGAAUAUUUUAUACGUUGCUGUAUAUUUCUUACGAUCGAUAAAUAAAAAAAUAAUUGAUUCUUUGAA